AUGUUCGGUCUGCUAUUCGUCUGCUAUCUUAUACGUGUAGCUGAAUCAGGAGCUCUCUCAGCAGAUAUCACGCAGUGCAGAGGUUCAGCCGCAGCACCAUUCAGACCUGUGCCACCUCCAUCUGCUUGUAAAAACAAGGAUGAAGCUUUAUGCAUUGCAGUUUUCAAUCCUUUGGGCAGUGAUGCAGCAAAUAAUGCAAAUCCAGCAAUGACGUAUAAGGUUAAUGCAAAUUGUCUAAAUGCUACACUGAGUGCAAAUGCUCUCGCGCUGUGCCCAUCGUCUUGUGCACUAUGCUGUAUGGCUCCUGAAUUCAGUUGCAGCAACGCUGCUGGUGCUGAUUGCACACCUUUCACUGUCAGUCCGGAUCUGUGCACAAAUUCGCAAACUGCUGCAGCAGCAUUAGCAAACUGUCCUAAUGCCUGUGGCUUAUGUAAUCAGCCUGGUGCCGGUGGUCGUUGCCCAGACGCUGUUACAAAUUGUGCAACGCUAUUGCCUCUUUUAACGUGCACAAAUGCAUAUAUGCAACAGAAUUGCAUGGAAACAUGCAAGAUCACAACUUGUUUAUCCACAACAGGAGGUGCGUCAUCAUGUAGUGACGGCCGAGCCAACUGUGCGCAAAUGGCUUCGUUCUGCAAUGUGGCACCAUAUUCCGGAGUUAUGAGAGAACAAUGCAGAAGAACAUGUGGUAUAUGUCGUUGA